CUCCCCACGGGAAUACUCUUGUUACCGUCUUCCUUUUCCCACCCUUUGUUUCUUCCUUUCUUUUUCCCAGACCUGUAAUACCAUUAGUAAGGAAGAGGAGGGGGAGGAGCUGCAGCUAUUUGGUGGAGAAAGAUAGGAAGUCAGGACGCAUCGGCAUGCAGAUGGGUGUAUUAGAGAACUCAGAGCUGGCACCUCCACUCGAGUGAGUAAGCACAGUUGUUGGAAAAAGGUUUAGGGGGCUGGGCACCAAUGGACGCCUAUGAAGCUACAAGGAUCGUCUUCUCGAGAAUCCAGAGCCUAGAUCCCGAGAAUGCCUCUAAGAUCAUGGGACUUCUCCUCAUUCAAGAUCACGGAGAGAAGGAGAUUAUCCGUCUGGCCUUCGGACCCGAGGCCCUAGUCCACUCUGUGGUCCUCAAGGCCCGAAAGGAACUGGGACUUUCGUCGAACACCCCGUCGACGCCAUCCACGCCUUCGUCUCCGUCUCCGUUCCUCUCCAGCAGCUCCAACUCCUCCGUUUUCAGACAGGAUUCUUCUUCGCGGAUGCUUGGCGGCGGCCUCAGCCUUGCUCAUUCCCUCUCCGUGCAAUCAUCGCCUUCUCUGUCGUCGUCUUGGACUGCUUCCGCCUUCUCAGAUAUCCCCAACCAGGACGACCUUGUAAGUCCCGGUUCCAGCUCAUCUGCCUCCUACUCGGCGGGAAUAAAUGGCAUCAACAACAUGGUCGUGGGUUCUCCGCCCGCAUCAUCUUUGUUAGCUACUGCUUCGGCUUCUCCUUUCUAUGGCGGUGGUAGCGAUCUGAUUGAUGAGCUUCAGCUCCAAGACCAGCUGUCAUUCCUCAACGAUGCCUCCCCCACACAUGGGCUAAAAAAUGCAGCUGACAUGUUCUAUCCACAAUCCGAAUCAGCCAGCGGAACCAGUGAUUCUAUGAUCUUCCCCUCUUACGCCGCCGCCGCCGCCAGCUGGGGAGCUUCUAUCAAUGGCCACCACCGGCGUAGCUGUUCCGUCACUGACGUCUUGGUCUCUGAUGCUGGGGCUGGGUUUGGGUGGAAGCCAUGCCUUUACUUUGCUAGGGGUUACUGCAAGAACGGAACCAGCUGCCGGUUCCUUCAUGGCUUACCCGAUUCCCCUACGGCCGUGUCUGAUACUGCCUCUUUGGUGGGCUCUUCUGGAAAGUUAGACAUCGUGGAGCAAUGCCAAGAGCUGCUCAGAUCUAAGGCCGCCGCGCAACAAAGGUUGGGUACAGUGUCCCAGCUCAUGGCUUCCCCUCCUUUCCCCUUCACCACCCCAGCCGAUGGCACCGGAAAAUGCAUGAAUUUCUUGCUUCAGCAGCAACAGAAUGAUAGCAUUCAAAGAGCGGCAGCAACCAUGAUGAUGAGUGAAGACGUACACAAGUUCGUUCGACCUCGACUGGAAAGGACGGAGUUCUCGACGACAAACGGUGGAGGGAUGGCCAGCCCGGGAUCCAGGCAGAUCUACUUGACGUUCCCGGCUGACAGCACCUUUAGAGAAGAAGAUGUGUCUAAUUACUUCAGCAUUUAUGGGCCUGUACAGGAUGUGAGGAUCCCAUAUCAGCAGAAACGAAUGUUUGGGUUUGUCACAUUCGUCUACCCGGAGACGGUGAAGCUCAUUCUGGCCAAGGGGAACCCGCAUUUCGUCUGUGAUGCUCGCGUGCUUGUCAAACCAUACAAGGAAAAGGGAAAAGUCCCAGACAAGUACAGGAAGCAGCAGCAACAGCAGCAGCAGACGGAUGGAGGAGGCUUCUCGACUUGUACUACCCCUACUAGUCUCGAUUCCGGAGAUGCCUACGAACUGCAACUGGGAGCAGCAAGGAUGUUCUACAACACACAGGACGUGCUACUGAGAAGGAAGUUAGAGGAGCAGGCUGACUUGCAACAAGCCAUAGAGCUCCAAGGACGAAGGUUGAUGGGUCUGCAUCUUUUCGAAGUGAAGAAGCAUCACCACCGCACUAUGUCUGCCGGUCCUCCCGUUUCCUCCACGCACUCUUACGUUAAUCAAAGUCUCGUCCUUCCUUCUGAUUGCAGCAGCAGCCCCGAAACGCCCGACGAGAACUGUGUCAGCCCUGCCACUAGCAUUUCUGCCGCAGCCACUACUGCUGCUCCUGCCGAUCAGCAGUCGCAGCAGCAAGCAUUGAAUUCUCACGAAGAAUCCAGUGAAAACAAGGAGGUGAUCCGUGACGUUGAAGACUCUGACUUCCAAGAUGGGGUAGAGCACAAUCUCCCUGAUAGUCCUUUUGCAUCUCCUACUAAAUCAGCGGGAGACCACUCUUCUUUCUUUUCCGCCCAGGAGGCCGAGAGGAGCAUUGCUGCCUCUGCUUCAUCUUCGUCUUCUACUUCCUCUCCACUGCCGACCACGUCUUCCUUGGAUAUUACUUCUUUCAAAUCAUGCUUCUUCCAAGUUCCCAGGUUCUCUUCUGGGCAUGGAGCCAUAGGAUUGUAAAACGAUGAUGGAGACCGGGUGGGCAUUGGCUUCCCCUGCUCGGGAAAAUUGAGAAUUAUAAGCCUACAGGAUGAUACACAUUACCUGUAUAAUCAUCAGGACUGAACCAAACGAGAUCACAAGAAUACUGUUUACUACAACACAAUACAUACUGAUAGACAGAUGGACUGAGUCGACUGACUUGGGAGUGACGAUCGCCCUUUCUGUCAUGCACUUUUUCUUCUCUCUUAUCCCUUUUAUAUUAGAGGAGAUGGACCACAAACACAUAACGCAGGACCACCACAAUGUGUGGUAACUCUUUGUAUUUGUAGCAGUAACUCUUUGUAUUUGUAGCUCUCCCUUCCAUCAUUUUACUGUCCAUCUCUCGUCAGGAAGUGACCGUGAAAGAAAAAGAAAGAAAAAAAAAAGAGAAAAAGUAGAAGAAAUUGCAAAGUAAAGUGUAAAAACACAAAAGUCGUCCGUGAGGACUGAAGAGGAAUCAACAGUCUUGAGAAGCAGGAGCAAAAUCAAGGGGGGAGGAGCCGAGACACUGUUUACUGAGUGCGAGAGAGCAAUAACACAAAGAUCGGGAGGAGAAAAUGGAAAAAGGACGGCUCGUCUCAGUUCGGCUCAGCUCAUGACACUCAUGUAAGGCAGAUACAGACAGGACUUGGUUUCUGUAGUUGUGAUACAGCAUUUGUCUUUGUGCCAUCUCUCUCUCUCUC